CACCAUUUCUGCGCAGUCAGAAGCUACAACUCGAAGCGCCAACUUUGUGCAAUUUCGUGGUGACUACCGAACGAUUAACUUCACACGAAGUGAAAAGCGAUUCUUAUUCGUAUUCUACGCGAGUGAGCCUUGAAACGAAAGUUAAACGUUGUGCAACGAAAGACCUAUCGCAAAUAUGGCAUUGAUAUCCAGAGAUAUCUUCCGCAACUGGUGGGACGACAUGGACCGCUAUCACCGAGAACUCGAGAACCAUUUCAAACGACUGAGCACCAGGGACGAUAUACCGCCGAUGCCAAAGUUCGGCGACAUGUUCCGUCCAUGGAAAAACAUGUUCGAUCAGUUGGAACAAGAAUCUAGCGUCGCAGCGUCGAUCCAAUCCGAUCCAAACAAGUACCAAGUGAUAGUCGACGUUCAACAGUUCGCACCAGAAGAGAUCACCGUCAGAACAGACGAUAAAUGCAUCACCAUCGAGGGUAAACACGAAGAGAAGAAGGAUGAACACGGCUACAUAUCCAGACACUUCGUACGACGAUACAUGCUGCCACAGGGCUACGAUAUCGGCCACGUUAAACCUAGCUUGUCCUCUGACGGAAUUCUUACUAUCACUGCUCCGAAACUCGUACUGCCAGCUCCUGGUGAAAGAAUCGUACCGAUCGAACGAAGCAACGGACCCGCGAUCAGAGCUUCGUAAUAUCGUACACGAUAUUUACUUUUAUUAAUUUCAUUUUACUCGGUAUACACAAGAUUCGCGUACCAUCACUCCUACCGAAGAUCUUAAACGUUUUAAAUAUUUGUCUCGUGCCGAUUACUUUUUUUUCGUCAUUGUUACGUAUUAUUAAUAUACAUUGUUUACGAUGUACACUUAAGGUUUCAGUUAUCUCAAACAUCCAAAGAACAUGAGCCAUUUAACGCGAGAUAGUGAUAUAUUAAUCAGCGCUCAUGCUCCUCGCGCGAUUAAUCUCGCCGUUGUAACAAAAGUCUGAACACUGUAUUACUUCUUUCUCUUUUUUACUUGAAAGCGAAAUACGUAACCGUAUUUAACAACUGUAUAUGUAUUCUUAAUGUUAGUAUUUAGUACUGCGAAAUUCGUUAUGUAUCAUCGGGCAUGAAUGUAACGAUGGUUUAAUAUACGCUAUGAUGCUUUUCAUUAGUUUUUUUCCAAUAAAUAUUAAACACUGAAAAUA